AUGGAGAAAGUGAAUCAAACAUUCUAUUUAUCCCAUGGAUCUCCGUCUUUGAGCAUAGACGAUAGCUUGGAGGCAAGAAAAUUCUUCCAAUCAUGGAAGGACAAAGUCUUUCAACAGAGACCCAAAUCGAUCUUAGUCAUCUCCGCUCAUUGGGACACCAAAUACCCAUCCGUCAACACUGUUGUCCGCAAUUCCACGAUGCACGACUUCGGUGGUUUCCCUGAAGUCAUGUACAAGCUGAAAUAUGAAGCACCAGGAGCAACUGAAUCGGCAAAGAGAGUUAAAGAAUUGCUAAUGGGAGAAGGAGGAAUGAAACGUGUUGAUGAAGAUACAAAGAGAGGGCUUGAUCAUGGAGCUUGGGUUCCUUUAAUGUUGAUGUAUCCUGAAGCAGACAUACCGGUUUGUCAACUCUCUGUUCAAUCAUCCCAAAACGCGACUUACCAUUACAACAUGGGCAAGGCAUUGGCUCCAUUGAAAGAUGAAGGUGUUCUCAUCGUUGGCUCUGGAAGUGCUACUCAUAACUUGAGGAAGCUUGAGUUUGGCAUGGCCAAUGGCUCAUCUGUUCCUUGGGCUCUAGAGUUUGAUAUUUGGCUUAGGGAUUGUCUCUUGCAAGGAAGGUAUGGAGAUGUGAAUGAGUGGGAAGAGAAAGCUCCGAAUGCGAGAUUGGCGCAUCCAUGGCCUGAGCAUUUUUUUCCUUUACACGUUGCAAUGGGUGCAGCUGGUGAAGAUGCAAAGGCAGAGCAAAUCCAUACAAGUUGGCAAGGUGGUUCUGCCAAACAGUUAUCAGCAAAACCUACUAUUUCAGCACUUUUCGCAUUUGGAGAUUCAAUACUCGAUACCGGAAACAACAACAAUCUCUUAACUCUUUCCAAAUGCAAUUUUUAUCCAUAUGGUAGAGAUUUUAUAGGAGGCAGAGCAACCGGAAGAUUUAGCAACGGAAGAGUUUUCUCAGAUAUGAUUGGUGAAGGUUUGGGUAUAAAGAAUCUCUUACCAGCUUAUCGUGACCCUUUCCUCUCAAACGAUGAUCUUUCAACUGGUGUUUCUUUUGCAUCUGGUGGAUCUGGACUCGAUGCCUUUACUGCAAACGUACAAGGAGUAAUAUGGGUUCCUGAUCAAGUGAAUGACUUCAAAAAAUACAUCACAAAACUCAAUAACGUUCUAGGAAACAAAGAAAGAACAAACGCGAUUAUAUCAAACGCUGUUUAUCUAAUCUCAGCUGGUAACAACGAUCUUGCCAUUACCUAUUAUCCUACUCUAACUAGAAGCUUACAAUAUACUGUAUCAGCCUACACUGAUCUCAUGGUCACUUGGACUCGUGACUUCAUAAAGAGAUUAUAUGAUAUGGGAGCAAGAAAAUUCGCCGUUCUUGGAACGCUGCCGCUAGGUUGUUUGCCAGGAGCAAGAAGCAUGGUUGGGAGUGUAACUUUCCUGAAACUAUGUUUAUUCAACGUAAAUCAAGGAGCUGAGAUGUUCAAUGAAAAAUUAUCUUCGGAACUUAACAACUUCCACACAAUAUUUCCUGGUGCAAAAUUCGUCUACGUUGAUAUGUAUAAUGCUCUUCUUGAUCUCAUCAAUAACCCUUGGAGUUCAGGGUUUAUUGAUGUGGCUGAUGGAUGUUGUUGUACGAUGACAUCUUCAAUACCGUGCUUGGACGCAUCUCGCUAUGUAUUCUGGGACGUAGCACAUCCGACCGAAAAGACAUACGAAACGAUCACACCAAAGAUAAUUGAGGAACUCAAAGAGAAGCUUGCAUGA